AUGGAAUGUCACACACCACAGACCGUGGUGAAUGUUUACCCUCUAAGUCGUGUCAACACACCCCCCCGAGUGAAAGCAGCGGUCGCGGUUUGUCAGUCACGUGACGUCUGGUUAUCGAUUGGCCACGGUCACGGGUCUCGUGACCCGUCGCGCGCACAUGUUUGUCGAUGCCUCAUGCACAAUGCGAGACUAGCGAAGAAGGAUGACAUCACUUACUCCAUUGGCACGUUGGAUCGCUGUUGGCUUGGCCUCGCUUCACGUGUGAUUAUCAGAACCCUUCUUGAACCCACCAAAGAAAACAUGUCAGGUUAUCCUCCGCCUGCAGGCUUCAAUACAAACUUCGACUCCAAUUAUCCCCCCCAAGGUGGGCACGGGUAUCCCCCACAAGGUCAGAUGGGGUAUCCCCCACAGGGUGGCCCGAUAGGUUACCCUCCUCAGACUGGUGGUCCGAUGGGUUACCCUCCUCAAACUGGUGGUCCGAUGGGUUACCCUCCACAGGCCGGUGGUCCGAUGGGUGCACCAGGUCAGCCCCCCUUCAGUGGCCCGGGCGUUCCCCCGUCUGCUUACCCCCAACCUGGCUAUGGCGGACCUCCACCCACAGGACCACCUGCUCCGGGGUACGGCAGCUUUGGGUACGGUGCCCCGACAAUGGGCGGUGCAAUGGGUCCGGGUUAUGGAGGUCCACAGCCGCCGCCGCCGCCACCAGCCGGUCCUGGCUACGGUGCUCCUGCCGGAUACGGUGGAAUGGGAGCAGCCGGACCCGCUUACGGAACUCCUCCGGCUUCGUCUGGAUACUACAGUGGACGCCCCACGGUCGUGCCCGCACCCAACUUCGAUCCGGGCAAAGAUGCCGAUGAGCUGCGCAAGGCGAUGCGCGGACUC